CAAUGAAAAGUGAUUAUCGCUACUGAUGAUGUAAAGGACAAGAACGACUCGUUGCGACUCUCACAGUAUCGAAAAUGGCGGCGAAAAGUGGUGGUCAAGAUGAGUGGCCUGCGUUAUUAAAGCCGAUAAUAGGAACUUCACGUUCACUUAAUAAAAAUGAUGUUCUCGGACUUGCAAAGAGUAUUCUCAAGAGCGAGAAUAAGUUUGUUUCUCACGACGAGCAAUACGAUACCUUUUUCACGAUUUGUGCUGCGCUAUCCGCGGAUUAUAUUAGCGCUUGCGCAAGUUCAUUUGCCAAGUGUCAAAUAUCUAUCAUUUAUCAAGCAUGUAAAGUACUGCUCACACUUUUUGUGGAAAAAUUGCAACAACAACAAACUCAAUCAGAUACCACACAGACUAUUUUGACCACAAAGCAGUUAUUGCUCCCAAUACGUGCAUUAUGUACAGGACAGUCUUUGCUGUCAUCUGCAGAAGAAGUAGCUCUUAUCUCUGCAAUAAAGAAUGCUAAGGUACCACCUUCUUCAAAACCAUUAUCUGCAGGAAAAGAAAAGGAAUCUUCUCAACAAUCUGUAAAAGAAUCUAUGCGGUCUCGCUGUGAUUUAUCCACUAGUAUUCUUGAGCAGUUAACAAUGCCAUUGCAAGAUUUUUCAUCAUCUAUGAUUCUUGCUAAUGAAAACUCUGCAGAUAGUACAAGCAAAAAUACAAAUGGUACAACAAAUGAAACACAUCCUGAUACUAAGGUGAUGUUUAUUGCAAAUAAUAUAAGCACAUUGCAGAAUAUGGGGGCAGGCGAUAUUCUGUUAGAUAUGUGUCUAAAUCUUCCACAUUUGUCGCGCUAUACAAGAAAGUAUCAAGCAUAUUUAUCUAAAAAAGGAUUCAGCUUACCUGCCAAUGCAUCAGAAGCACAUACUAUAAGACAUAAUCUACACUCUGUUGUUAGCGACAUUAAUAUUGUACAUAAUGUGAUGUCACUUCCAAUACUUGAACCUUUAACACCACAGAAAUUAGAAAAAUUGUCACUGUUAACUAUGUCUUGCCUGUAUUGUUCAAUUGCAAAUGCAACAGCAUCAAGUAUAGUUGGCAUAACUAAUGCUGUAUCACCUAAAUGUAGUACAAAUACCACUGGAAGUAAUCAAACCAAUCAGAAUACAAAAACUACUGAUGAAGAAUACGACACUCUAGCGAUUACAGUUGUUGAAAAAAGUUUAGAAAUAUUUGGACAAGUAUCAAAUGUCAUCAAAAAUAGCACACGCGCAGGAGGACAUAUUUUACAAAAUCAUUUACUUAUUGGUGUAUGGCUCUUAGUUGCUGGAUUGCAAGCACAAUUAACUGUAAGCAGUUUUAGCGCUGCAGAUAAGGGGAAAGAUGAAAAAGGAAAAUCACCCAGUAAAGCUCGAGAUGCAAGUGGGCGUGUAAAUCUUAUGAAAGUGCAACAAGGAUUUGGCGUGUUGUCAGUGGCAUUAGCAUCACAUGCACUGAACUUAAUGAGUGCGCUUCUCGAAGAUGUAUCUAUCGAGGCCAAUUCUGACUUGGUCGUGGCAGUUCCUGAACCAGCACCAUUGGAUAUCUUGUCUACUGCUACUGCAUUGCAAAGAGCAGUAACCUUUUUACAAGCGGUGCCGUUAAAUCACUUGCUAUUUUAUCUGGCUACUAUUAGCUACAGAAAGGCUUGUACACUGAAAAGAGUACAAAAGCAUCCUUUGGAAGGAGAUGCAUUAAGUCAAUCUGAUUCUACUACAUACUAUGAAGAUUUGUUGAGUUGUUCAGAGAAUUCUACUGAUGAGGAACAAACUGUUAUGUCGGUAGAGGAGGACAGCGAACCUAUUUUGGGACUAUGGUUUGAAGAAACCAUUGCUCCUUCGGAUGAAACUUCCACAAAUACUAAUAAGGAAACGAAUAAUGAAGCAAGCGCGGAACGUACUACUACUACCACUAUCGUUCCUGACAAUCGUGAACCACAUGGUUAUAUUUCACUUGCAACAAAAAUAUUCCAAUUUAUGAAUAAGUAUUUAAUUGGAAGCAGAAGUACAUAUGUUCGAGAAUAUGUGGUCAAUGGAUUAGUUGAACAACAGAUGGUUAUAUUGGCAGCAAUUAUAAGAGAUCUAGAUCAUGAAACAGCUAGAACGGAAACAGGUACAAUUUCUGCAUUUUAUGGUGCUACAUUGGGCGCUAUGUAUUCGGAAUUUUCUCAAGCUUUAAGUCGUUAUACGCACAACCUGCUCGCUUGGAAUACUCUAAGUGAAGCUCUUCAAAAUACCUUGCUCCAACAUUUGGGCGUGAGUCCGUGGUCUACGGAAAACAGUAGCUCAACCACUUGGCCUCUUCAGGUAUAUCCACGUACUCUCAGCGUACUGGCACAGGUAUUAUUGUUAAAACCUCAAUUGGAAAGAGAAGCUGCAUGUAUAAGCAUAUGGCAUCGAUUAGUAACAACCAUGGUUGAAAAUGUAUGCAAUCCUCAAGCUACAUAUGAAGCUGAAAAUGAAGAUUUAAACGUAGAACACGCUCAGCUAGUUCUCUUCUUAUUCCAUUCCCUGAAUUUAAUGCAAAAGAAGUCUGUAUUAUUGGUAACUGGAAGUGGUGCAGUGCGUUGCAGUGAAGCGGUCAAAACGCCAAUGAAAGAUUCGCAGUUGUUGCAUUUAUCUCGAUUAUUACUGUUACUUGAGUAUAUGAUGAAGCAUCUGUAUGACGCACAUCCAGUAUUGCUUGAACAAGUACAGUGGAAUCUGUUCUCUGCUACAAGUUUAGUAUAUGAUACAAAAGAUGCAAAUAAACAAAACAGCAGAGCCUUUACUCCUUGGGUAGAAAUAGAGGAUAAUUAUCGUAAAUACGGCUCACAAGAUGAAUUUUCAAUGAAACCACGAUUUUAUAAUUUAUCGAGAACAGAUUUUAAUAAUCAGGAUGCUCCAAAAUUGGAUGGAUUAGCUUGCAAUUUUAUUCUGGGCACACCGGAUAAAAUGAAAUAUCCUCUUUUAGUCGAUGCAUUGAUUGAUAUUUUGAAUGUGCUUAAUCAAACAGAUAUGCACAAAAAAAAUGGUGCUGAUAAUAAAGAAAAAAUAACAUUUACAGGACUGUGUGCAAUUCACUAUUGUUUUUCUAUAUGUUGGGAAUUAUUAUUGAUGUUACCUCCCUCGACUCCUUACAUGAAUAAGCUUGCUCUUGGCGAGGAAAUAUCAGCUGGACCAAUGUUACUUCAUUCAUUAAUAUGGGGGCCAAGAGCUGCAUAUAAGACUUUCACCGGUUGGAUGAAGGAUUGUUUGGUAAAACAAGGAAUGUACACACAGUAUGCUGAAAAUUUAUUAAAAACAGUGUCAUCUACUGUAAAUUCCCUCAAAUAUGAUGUUACCUUGGCAAAAAAUUGUAUUGUUUCACUUAAACCUGAAUAUAGCUCUACUGAUAAAAUAAUGCCAAAAACGUCUUUACCAAAACUUGGUUCUUUAUACAUACUGGCUGCAGUUGUAGGAAAACUACAAGUUCUUAUGGAUGAGAACAUAUCGAAGAACUCGACUGAGAAUAUUGAAACCACUAAAAGUCCACAAAACACAGAUUCUACAUCUUCAAACAGGAGUAAAAUGAUAAUUGAAAUUCUACCACAUAUUUUAUCAUUGACAGAAGCAAUUCUAUUAUCAUGUCGGUCUAAUAUAUUAUAUCAUACAUUCGAAUCUACUGAGGAGGAUACGAAAUAUGAUACACGAGACUAUUUAAUUUUGGAUAAUAUUCUGUCAAUGGCAGGUGCAAAUUGGGGAACAGAAGCAUCGUUGGUUUCAUAUUUGCCGAGUAGCAUUAAAUCUGCGUUAGAUAAGUGGAAGAGUAUAGCAUUUCCUCUUGUAACUUGGCAUACAUAUGCAAAUGAUAUAAUACCAGCUGAAAGUUAUAUUCUCACUACAGUGAGUUAUCAUGUUAGUUCCCUGUCUGAACAUCCAACGUUUUCUAUUAAUCCGUCUCUGAAAAACUUGCUGCAUUGUUUGAUUUCAUUUAUAAUGGAAUAUAUAACUGCUGCGGCAUCUCCGGAACAGCAGUCAGACAUACAUUCUCAAGCAGUAAACAUCCUUAUUUCAAUAUCCAUGGAUGCUCGCACUGAUUAUCUUCGAGAUAUGGCUACAAAUACAUUAACGAAAUUAUUAGGACAGGAUAAUGACAAUGAAGCACGACACUUGCGAGAGCACUUGUUUGUGCUAAAUCAUACUUACAAUUUGAUAAUCGACUAUACUGAUACUACAAAUGGAUCUAUUAGUGUUGUUAUCGAUGAGGAAAUAUUGAAGCAAUGUAUCAAAUAUUGGGAGCGGCUUUUGGAGAAACCUCUUGGAUGUAAAGCUUUAGACAUGUUUUUUGCUUCUGAUUCAAAUCACAGUCUUGUAUCUAUCUUGUUGUCUAUAACGUCACUUCAAGCCUCCCUACAGUUUAGCACUUACAUUUUACACUUUUUCAACGCAUUGUUCAGAACAGCCGAAAAAACGACUGACGGAUCGUUGGAUCGUCUCUGCAAUUCUGUGGCCAGUUUUGCCAAUGUCGAAAGUGAGAAAUUGCAAAGUUGGUUUAGACACGUCAUAUUAGGAGCAACGAGUAAAAUACCGACGAGUACCUCUACAACGAAUAUUCCAACACCUACAACUGCUGCCACAAAUACAGUGGUAGCUGUCUCUAGUACACCAGAAGAUAGUCAGAAACCGGAUGAGAAAAACAAUGCAUCUAAUAACGAACAAGUUCAAUGGGCGAUUUCGGUAUCUGACAGCACCAACAAUCAACCUGUGACUAAUAACGACGAACAGCACUCAAUCCACGAAAAUAGCCGUUUCUUGCGGGCGCUUACAAAUUAUAUAGUAAAAGAUAAGAGCAAUACUAGUGUAGACGUCUCGAUAACUAUUCUCCAAGCUCUUAUACCAUUAGCGUACAAUAUUCUUUCUCCUACAAUCGAAGGGAAUAGGUUCUCGGAAUUGAUGCAUAUUAUGUCUACACUGGCCGAUGCUGGAUCAGAGAAAGGACAUAGAUUACUAUUUAAAGCUGCGACUGAAUGGGUCGAACUUUGCAAAGAGCAAAUCAUGAAUAAGGAUCCCCAGACUCUCGACAAGCCAUUACUAUACAUCGAAGCUAGUUGCUGUUUGUUAAAUUACAUAGCCGACAUAGUGGGUGCGAUUUGUCCACAGCAGGCGCAGUCGCAAGAUCGAGCAACUAGUCCACCGUGGGAAGGUGCUAUUCCUAAUAACGAUGUGAAUGACAGCGAUUGGGUGGACGAAAUUCCGCACGAGGACGAUGAUAGCGCUGCCGAGGAUUCGGACGAAGACAGUCUGUGCAACAAACUUUGCACUUUCACAAUUACGCAAAAAGAAUUUAUGAAUCAACAUUGGUAUCAUUGUCAUACGUGCAACAUGGUCGAUGGAGUCGGUGUUUGCACCGUAUGCGCGCGAGUGUGUCAUCGCGGACACGAUGUGACAUAUGCCAAAUACGGGAACUUCUUUUGCGAUUGCGGCGCUAAAGAUGACGGAUCAUGCCAAGCAUUGACGAAACGUAGCCCGCAAAGUUCGGAACAUCAGGUAGGCAGUAAUAUACCAUACAACAAUAUUGGAGCUCCCGUGGAAAGCAAUCUGCUCCUCACAAGCAGCUUACGCCGAAGAGCAUCUAGUCCUGUACAUUUGUAUGAUAAACACGAAAGAAGCGGACGUGACAUUCAGAAACAAGCAUGUCUAGCCAAGCAACUGGAAUCUUCUAAAGAUUGGAUAUAUUCUCAACUAUGGAAAAGUGGAUUAGUGUCUUCGUUAGUGGACUUAACACAUGUAUUGGUGCCUGCAGUGGAUGUAUCUUGUCAGCGUUACUCGCCAGUUGGUUGCCAUGCACGAGCCCAAUUGGCGCUUAAACAUUUACAUACACUUGAUAAGAAGUUUGAACAUACAGAUCAACUUAUGUUACCAACCUUGGGAUCUCAGGAGGGUGCAUUUGAAAAUGUGAGAAUGAAUUAUUCAGGAGAUCAGGGUCAAACAAUUAGACAAUUGUUAUCCGCUCAUAUGAUACGACGUGUCGCCAUGUGUUGUCUCUCAUCUCCACAUGGUAAACGACAACACUUAGCAGUUUCACAUGAAAAGGGGAAGAUAACAGUGUUACAACUUAGUGCGUUGCUGAAGCAAGCUGAUUCUUCCAAAAGAAAGUUAACUUUGACAAGACUCGCUUCAGCUCCAGUACCUUUCACUGUCCUUUCGGUUACUGGAAACCAAUGGAACGAGGACUUCUUGGCCGUUUGUGGAUUUAAAGAUUGUCACGUGCUUACAUUCAACAGCUCAGGAACUGUGUCCGAUCAUUUAGUCUUACAUCCUCAGCUCGACAGCGGGAACUUUAUUAUCAAGGCAUUAUGGCUUCCUGGUGCACAGACGCAAUUGGCAUUGGUCACCGCCGACUUUGUUAAAAUUUACGACUUGGGAAGAGAUGCGUUGAGUCCACAAUAUUAUUUCCUUGUGCCAACGGGAAAGAUAAGGGAUUGUACCUUUAUGCACUCAGAGGAUGGUACAUUCCACAUGCUGUUAAUGUCCUCAGCCGGAUACAUUUAUAGCCAAGUGAUGGACGAGGAGAGCUUAGCUAAGCACGGUGCUUUUUAUGUGACAAAUACCUUAGACGUUUAUCAUCCGGAGCUAAAGGACAACGGUCAAGUGGGCAGUGGUGGAGUUUCCAUUUAUUACUCCCAUGCGUUGCAAUUACUGUUCUUCAGUUACGCUUGCGGUAAGAGCUUUAUAGCGCCGUUGAAACACAUGGUCUCCGACAUUACCGUAGUGUUCCAAAUUAAUCUGGCCAACAAGACUAACGGGAAUAAAUCCAAUAAUAACCAGCCGCAACCUUUGUGUCAAUGGAGCGAAGUGGCGAAUCAUCCUGGAUUGGUUUGUUCGAUUAUGCAAACCAGUAAUAAUCCAGUAAUACUAAUGAUUAAACCCGACACGAUCAUGAUACAAGAGAUUAAAGUGGUACCUGUGAAGGCGAAGAUUAUGGAUAUGGUUGCGAUUCGACAUCCCAGUUCGAAUGCUGAACAUCGCACGACUCUAAUACUGUUAUGCGAAGAUGGAAGUCUGAGAAUUUAUAUGGCUGGUAUGGAGCAAACUGGAUUUUGGAUGUCAUCCACCGUACAACCGAUUAGCACUACCUCUGGCAUUAAACCGACACGAAAGAAAAAAACUAACAAGAUAGGAAAGCCAUCGGGAUCACAUGUCACGUUUCCUAUUGAUUUCUUCGAACAUUGUCAAAUGAUGAAUGACGUCGAAUUCGGUGGCAAUGAUCUACUACAAAUUUAUAAUGUCGCACAAAUCAAACAUCGUUUAAACACCACUGGGAUGUACGUAGUCUCCACGAAAGCUAUGGGUUUUAACGUGGAAGUUACAAAUAACGAUGCGAUUUUAGUAAUGACGGGAAUAAGAGUACUUUUCGGCAAUCAGGACAUUCAACGAGCACCUCUGUAUGUCGAGGUAUUCGGCAGAAGUAUACGGACUACGUUAACCAGAAGUCGUUGGUUUGACAUCCCUUUAACUAGAGAGGAAAGCCUUCAAGCUGACAAAAAAUUAACGAUCACUUUUGGGCCGUCUCAAGAUCCAGAAGGUGUUAUUAUGGUUGAUUCCAUAAAAAUAUAUGGUAAGACUAAGGAUGCAUUUGGUUGGCCUGAAGAGAUAGAGGAACCUCAACCAACAUCUGCGCCAGUGACGACGAUCAACAAUGAAACUGACAACACUAUCGUUUCUCCUGCGCCAUUAUCUUCAACCGAUAAAACAACAAAGGAUAGUUCGGUUAACAUAGAAAGGAUGAUAUCCAGUAUUCUGGAAGUCUUGGAAUCUUCGUUUAUCUUAUCCUCGCAUGACGACAACAAACCGUCGUUAAAAUCCACAGCGAUCGAUGUUGCUUCGCAAUUGUUAAUAUUACCUACACCACCAUCUGUGCAAAUGCAUACAAUAGCUUUGUUAGCUGCUCUUCACAACACUAAACAGGCUUAUCAUUUCCAUAAGGACCACGCAUUGUUAUCGCACGUGCUUGAGUCCUUAAAAUCAAUGAGAGAGGCCAAUGACUCAUGUGAUAUCGACGCGGAGAACUUUUACAGACUUGUACUUAUCGUUCGUGCUAUUGCGGUUUCUCGUCCGCAUAAUCUCGCAAAAUUUGCCGAGCAAUAUGCGAAUAAGUCGAUUGAUGAGAGUAACGUGCCUGUUUUCGAAAAAGAUCGCUUAGAAGCUCGUUCACGUACAAAAGCAGACGGAAAUCAACACCUAGUUAUACAAUUGAUGGAGAUAUUAUGGUCCUUGCAUGUGUCAUAUCCUAAGAAUAUGGCACUUGCUCCGGUGGUCGUACCAGGACUUACACAUGCUGAGGGAACAGUGCAUGCCAUUGUGGAAAUCAUUCAUGCCUUCACUAUAUGCGACGUUGAAAAUAAUACUCCGAUUGCCGCUAAAUUAUAUCUGCAGUUGUUACUGUCUUCAGAUACGAUAAUCAGCUUCAGCGCUAAGCACGCAAUAAUCAGAGUAUUGAGGCCCAGAUAUAGACGCAGGAGGGUGUAUAUACCGAGUCCGCCAAAUUGUAGUACGCCAGGCGUAGUUGCCGAAGCCGAAGAAAAGUCCACCUCGGUUCCAUCGCAGGCCUCUCAAGACACUGUGGAACGUGAUGUAGAACAGCAAUUUGACAUCGAAGCCGUCGAAGCCGUGGAUAGAGUGGCAGCUAUGCUCGGCGCCGAGGGAAAUCAAAAUUCGGCAGCUGCUAGAGUGGUGAAUCAUCCGCUGGAAGCAUUGCUCGGCGCGGGUAAUUUCCCGCAAUUACUCGACGUGCCUCCAGAUGCUGAUGACGAAGCGAUGGUAGAGCUCGCAAUAGCUCUCAGUUUACAAGAUCACGAAGGAGGUGCUGACUUGCAAGCACUACGGCAAGGAUUCCAGCAAGGUUUCCCUAACUUGCAGGGUAUACAGAGCCUCCAGAAUCUAAGCGGUUCUGCGUUGCAGAGCUUGCAGAAUUUAGCAACGCAGGGAUUGGUACAAGUUCCUAGUGCUACUCAGGGACAAGAAGCUGGCCAUUAUUCCGACACGACUGCCUCCGCGGGAGGCUCCGACGAUGAGGGAUCAACUGCCGCAACCGAUGGUAGUACCCUACGAACAUCUCCCGCCGAGCAAGGUGGUAGUGGUGGUAGCAAGGGUAGCGAGAGCGGUGGAAGCGAUAGCGGAGGCAGCGCCGUUGACAGCAUGACAGGGGAGCAUAAUGUUUCUGGCAGGAGUUCCGCGUACGGAGACAAUGCUCCCGACGCUAUGCCUCCGAUUGGAAUUGGAGUCAAUCAAGCGCCACGUUCUGAAACUAAUACUCUAGAUGUUCCCACAACUUUCACUACCACUGAGCAAGAAGAAGGUACGGAGCAAGAGCAGGGUGUGGAGCAAGAAAAUGACACAACUGGCGAGAUCACCGUGAAACUACAUGCUAUACGCCUUUUAUUGUUGGAUAGAUUUACACAAUUUGUGCCCAAUCUGAUAAACGUUCGAGGAGUACUCGCUAUUCCGUUUAUGCAGGUUGUGCUAAUGUUAACUUCCGAUCUCGAUGGUCAAGAUGAAAGAGACAAAGCAUGCGUCGAGCGUUUAUUGCAAAUGCUCGUAAAAGAACUUGAAAUGGAUAAACCUGAUACGAACAAUAUAUGCGAACGCAGCAAUAAGAGGGAAGUCCAUCUGGUUAUUAUGCGCUUAUUAAGCGUUCUUAUGUCUCGUUCGAAAUACGCCACGAAAACUUCCUCGGACAACCCGAACUUUGUUUCACAGACCACUGCUGCAAUACUGAGCAAGGCUGGCGUUAUUGACUAUUGCCUAACGCUGUUACAGGCCUUACUAGAUUACUGGAAAACUACCACUACCGAAGAACCUGGUACUAUGAUAGGAGGUCAAUUGCUUAAAGAGCAUCUUACUAUGUCGCCUCCAGAUAUGUCACCGUUCUUUUUGCGUCAAUAUGUCAAAGGCCAUGCUGGCGACGUAUUCGAACCUUAUCCUCAAUUACUUACGGAGAUGGUGUUACGAUUGCCAUACCAGGUGCACAAAUAUGCAGAAAGCACGAUAGUGCAACCUGCGUUUGAACAGCCGUGGUAUUUCUAUCUCUGUGAAUACAUGAUGUCAUACCAAACGCCGUUUGUCAGACGACAAGUACGUAAAUUGCUGCUCUUCAUUUGCGGCAACAAGGAGAAAUACAGGCAACUACGAGAUCUACACGCUCUUAUAUCUCACGUGCAGUCCGUGCAACAGUGCUGCAGCACCGGUGGAUACGAUCCUUUGCAUGCGCGUCCGCAUUCUAUCAGUUUGCCUUACGAUUCAUUGGUAGAACUGAUCGAACAUCUCAAAUGCUGCGUGGAAAUUGCUACCAGCCGUACAGGAAAUUGGCAACGAUUUUGCCUGAAGCAGAACACUGUUCUGUCAUAUCUGUUUUCGAUAUCGACGCUUUUGGACGAAGGUGUAAGCCCCACGGUGCUUCAAUUGUUGCAAUGUGCUAUUUGUUCAAAUAACAAAUGUAAGGAAGCCAGAGAUACGAGAUCAAAGGACUCUAAGUCAACGACCGGCACAAAAGAGAGACGAGAACGCGAAAAAUCAGAGGAUUCUGAUACAGAGGCUAAAUUUGAAGAAGCACAAUGUUUAACGUUGGUUGAACAAAUCCAAAAACAAGUGCAUCCUGCAUUGCUAAUAAAGUUUAUACAGACUUUCUUGCUUGAAACAAACAACACAAAUGUUCGUUGGCAAGCGCAUUCUCUUAUACUUGCUAUUUAUAAAAACUGUGGACCGUCUGAUCAGGAGGUCCUGCUAGAUCUUCUAUGGCGCCUAUGGCCUUUACUUCCAGCUUAUGGCAGAAAAGCGGCGCAGUUUGUCGACUUACUCGGUUACUUCUGUUUAAAAACACCGCAUGCCGGAAAGAAGAUGCAUACAUACAUGGAACAAGCGGUAGCUGUUUUGCAUGCGCAGAAUCAACUACUCGCGCGACAUUCCAACGCAAAUCUUUAUGUGAAUUUGGCACAAUUUGUUGAAUUAGACGGUUAUUAUUUGGAGAGCGAACCUUGUCUCGUGUGCAAUAAUCCAGAGGUGUCAAUGGCGACGAUCAAACUGUCAUCUAUCAAGGUGGAUUCUAAGUUUACGACGACGACACAAAUAGUGAAGCUAGUCGGCAGUCACACCAUCAGCCGCAUCACUCUACGCAUCGGCGAUCUAAAAAGAACGAAGAUGGUUCGUACUAUCAAUGUCUACUAUAACAAUCGAUCGGUGCAGGCUGUCGUGGAAUUGAAGAACAAGCCAGCGAUGUGGCACAAAGCGAAGAAAAUUACGCUCGCGCAAGGACAGACGGAAGUCAAGAUGGAAUUCCCGCUACCGAUAGUGGCCUGUAACCUCAUGAUUGAAUACGCCGAUUUUUACGAGAAUAUCCAGGCUUCAUCCGAGAUGCUGCAAUGCCCACGAUGUUCCGCCAAUGUGCCAGCAAAUCCUGGCAUUUGCGCAAAUUGCGGCGAGAACGUGUUCCAAUGUCACAAGUGUCGAGCGAUUAACUACGACGAGAAAGAUCCGUUCUUAUGUCACGCUUGUGGAUUCUGCAAAUAUGCUAAAUUUGAUUACACACUUACCGGUAGGCCGUGUUGCGCUGUCGAUCCGAUUGAGAGCGACGAUGACCGGAAGAAAACGGUAACGACCAUUAAUACUCUAUUGGAGAAGGCGGACAGAGUGUACAAGACUCUGAUAUCUAACAAACCCACGCUGGAGAUGCUGCUCAUUAAAAUAUCUGAGCAUCGUUUAGACCGUGGGCUGGAAGACGGUAUACAGAUAUCCGGUAGCACUCAAGUGAACAGAGCAAUUCAGUUGCUCGCGCAGAGAUAUUGUGGCGAAUGCAAAACCUCUUUCGAAGAACUCAGCAAGGUUAUUCAACGUGUUCUGGCUUGUCGCAAGGAACUCGUUGCCUACGAUAGAAAUCAACGAGGUCAAAGUAGCUCGCAGUCGUCAUACGGUAUGUCCGUAAGCGACGUUACGAAGGACGAAACGAUAGUCUCGCCAGUGGGACGCUGUUACGGUUGUGCAUCCGCUGCAACGGAGCACUGUCUUACUCUAUUACGCGCGUUGGCCACCAACAGUGUCGCCAGAGAUGUUCUAUGCAAACAGGGAUUGAUUCAGGAACUCGUGGAGCAUAAUUUGCGAAAGGGCACGGUGCAGAUGCAGGAGGAAGUGCGACAGCUAUUGUGCCUCGUCACGAGGGAUAACGUGCAAUCAACUAAGGAGAUAUGUUCUCUUCUAACUAAUCGAAUCACGCUGACGCUUCGUGGACGAGUCGCCACUCCUGAUCUCUCAAUUGCUGUGCGUCACGAAAUGGCUCUUCUCGCAGCACUUGUGCAAAAAGAGGACUCUUGCUGGGAGCAGAAAUUGCGAUGCGUUAUGCAGCUGUUCUUGACCGCUUGCAAAGAAUCGAAAAGUCCCGUCGUUAUGGAAAGUAUCAUAUUGCCAUGCUUGAAAAUCUUACAAGGUCUUAUUAAACCCGACCAACCGGUUUCUAAAAAAAAUAAAGAUAAGACCAUGGAGUCUCUGGCGACAAUACAGCCACCAGAAGGCAUCAGUAUUGAUGUGGGUAAAUGGAUCAGCGGUGAUCCCAAGCAUUCGUAUUCCGAAUGGCUUCACCGCAUGCCGGCUAAGAAAACGGAACCACCUACAGCAAAGCCUCUUAAAAAAGAUGAAGCUCGAGUGUUGUAUUUGGUAGAAAAAUACGGGCAUAGAUGGCAUCAACGUUAUAUGCGGCAUCAAGGCGUUCAGCCGUUGAAACUGUCCGACGGUGCCUGGUUGAAGGAAGUACUCUUCAAUCCUAGUUCUCGUUUAGCGCGACAAGUCGCUUGCAACAUGAUAGAAAGCCUGUGUCAAGGCACAGAGAGAAAGAAGGAAGUUCUGGUUUUGCUGACAUGUUAUUUGGAAGAGUUACGUACCGCUGGCGAGAGCAGUACCGAGUUUCUGACUUUAUAUCAAAGCUUAAUUAGACAAUCACCUUGGAAGCAAUUUUUGGCAGUGCGCGGUGUAAUGACUUUACUGGCAGAUCUCUUGACUAGGGAAAUAGAAGAGUUACAUCGGCUAGAAGAGACUACGUUGACUAGCGAUCUCGCUCAGGGAUAUUCGCUAAAAAUGCUCACGGAACUUUUGGCGACUUUCUUGGAACAGGAAAAUAUCAAGCAGCAAUAUAAGGGACGACUAGUCGGCGCGGUAUUAAACGGCUAUCUGUCACUCAGAAGACUCGUCGUACAACGUACUAGACUGAUCGACGAUACGCAAGAAAAACUGUUGGAACUUUUAGAAGAAAUGACGACCGGUACCGAAGAGGAAACAAAGGCAUUCAUGGUAAUCUGUGUUGAAACUGUACAAAAGUAUAAUCCUCAAGACGUUCGUACUCCACUCUUCAUAUUUGAAAGAUUAUGUUCGAUUAUCUAUCCGGAGGAGAACGAUAUCGGAGAAUUCUUCUUGACGCUCGAAAAAGAUCCACAACAGGAAGAUUUCUUGCAGGGGAGAAUGUUGGGAAAUCCUUAUAGUAGCUUGGAACCCGGACUCGGCCCACUUAUGAGAGAUGUUAAAAAUAAGAUUUGUCAAGAUUGUGAAUUGGUUGCGCUUCUGGAAGACGAUAACGGUAUGGAACUUCUCGUCAACAACAAGAUUAUCAGUCUGGAUCUUCCUGUCAAGGAGGUUUAUAAGAAGAUCUGGUUGUUAGAAGGCGGUGAAUGCGAUGCCAUGCGAGUUAUAUAUCGUAUGCGUGGUCUUCUUGGCGACGCUACCGAAGAAUUUGUUGAAAUUUUAAAUGCUAGUAGCGAACAGGAAGUAAACAAUGAGGAAGUUUUCAAGAUGGCAAGUGUACUGGCGGACUGUGGUGGUCUUCAAGUCAUGUUAGAUAGAUUGGCCGUGAUACACGAUGUAAAUCGCGCGAGACCUCUUUUGCAAGUGCUACUGAAAUUGUUUAGAUUGUGUGUUAAAGUGAAGAAGAACCAAGAGAUUUUGAGCAAACCCGAAUUAGGAGCGAUCACUGUGUUUCUGGACGUUCUUCAACGUUGCCUUGCCACAGACCCUGAGAACUCUCAAGCGAAAAUUACUGAGCAAUUACUGGAUAUUAUGGAAACGAUAUUAGCGAAUGCGGCUUCACAACAUCUCAGUGUAUUCGAGACGUUCUCACAUACUCUCGGUGGUCCGGAACAUGUUAAAGCACUUUUAUCGUGCACACAGUCCAUGGCAGUGAGACAGAACACUAGCGUGCUCGCGCAUCUUACAAGAGUUUUGGCAGCGUUGACUUAUGGCAACAAUGAAAAAAUGGCACUCUUGUGUGAUUACUUUAAACCGGUGUUAAACUUUUACAAAUUCGACUUCGAGCACACUCCCGAGGAUGAGCAGAAGCUAGAGCUCUUCUGCAUACUCACUCAAGGUAUUAAACGAAAUGCAAUUGGCAAUACGUUGAAGGAUUACAUCAUAAGCAUGGGUAUAGUGAAGGAUGCUCUUGAAUACAUCACCGUGCACGCACCAUGCGUCAAACCCACGCUCUUACGCACAGAUAGUGACGAGCUGAAAGAUUUUAUUUCUAAACCAGCCUUGAAGUAUAUUCUCCGUUUCCUCACGGGUUUAGCUACGGAUCAUGAACCAACUCAGUUGGCGGUGUCGCAAGUAACCAUUAGCAUAUUCCAUAAAUUAGAGCAAGUGUCUUCGAACGAUCAUGUAGGCUCGUUGGCGGAGAAUCUGUUGGAAGCAUUGUGCACCAAUAAACGAGUAGCUGAAUUAAUUGAAGAAGUUCGCCAACACACACGCAGCGAGAAGAAGCGUUUAGCUAUGGCGAUGCGAGAGAGACAAUUAGGUGCACUUGGUAUGCAAACUAAUGACAAGGGACAGGUCACUGCCAGCGGAACUAUUCUUCAACAGAUGGAAGAUUUGGGAGAUGAAACUGGACUAAUCUGUGUUAUCUGCCGUGAAGGAUAUAAAUUUAAACCAAAUAUGGUGUUAGGUAUUUAUACCUUCACGAAGCGUUGCAACGUGGAAGAAUUCGAGACGAAACAACGAAAGACCGUCGGCUACACGACCGUCACGCACUUCAACGUCGUCCACGUGGAUUGUCAUAUGUCCGCGGUGCGUUUGGCGCGCGCUCGAGACGAAUGGGAAAGCGCGGCGUUGCAGAACGCCAACACGAAGUGCAACGGACUGUUGCCGUUAUGGGGCCCGCAAGUCCCGGAAUCUGCUUUCGCCAGUUGUUUAGCUAGACACAACACUUACCUGCAGGAGUGUACUAGUCAUCGCGAUAUAUCGUACUCGUCGACCAUACAUGAUUUGAAGUUGCUUUUCUUACGCUUUGCUCAAGAGAAAAGUUUCCACGAGGACACCGGCGGCGGUGGUCCCCAGUCCAAUAUGCAUAUAAUACCGUAUUUAAUACAUAUGGCUUUGUACGUUGUUAACUCAACGCGAUCAGCAACUAGAGAGGAAAGAGCCCUGACGACUUAUCUGGAAACGCAGCCAGGACCAUCAUGGCUCGAGUGUUGUUACGAGGCAGAGGGGCCGUUGUAUCAGUGCACGCUUUCGCUGCUUUUCCUCACGCCUGAUCGAUGGGAAUUGCAUAGAUUUGUACAUCUCAGUCGACUGCUCGUUCUCGCGCAUCAACGCUACGUAUCUCCCUCGGCUUCCACGAAAAACAUCGUAGAUCCAACCCCCAAGGAUUACGCAGUUUAUAAAAGCGUUUUAAUCUUCUUUGGUCUAGUGGAUUGCAUGUAUACAUACUUCUUCAAGAAUGUAAAUGUUCUGACCGAGGAGCAGUGGCCCACAGUUUUAGCUGAAUACAUCAGGCACAAUGAUGAGACGAUGUUAAAAGCCUCUGAGCGCGUGCUUGCGAUAUAUCGCGACGAGUUAUUACCGUGCACAUCGUUCGAGGAGUUUUGCGAUAUCAUUGGCAUAUUGGAAUAUAUAAGAAAUCCUCCCACGUAUAUCUAUGAUGUCCUGCGGCGCUUCGCUUGAAAAUACUGGAAGUUCACUUUACGUAGCUUAUACUGCAUUGUUACCGGCGAAUCAGUUUCCUUUUCUUUCGCCCAAAUGAUAUAGUCACUUUCAAGACUUUCAUAUCGGAAGGAGUUUCGUGUUACAUAUUACAGAUUGAUUAAACGUGAUAUAUUCCAGUCUUUCAUGGUGGAAUCUUUUGCUUUGAAAAAAUUAUGUUACGUGAUAAGAAAGAUUAAGAUAAAUUAUUCUUCAUGUUGCAUAAAUCUUUACUUGUAGACAAAUAUGUAUCUAUAUGAAAAGAACUUGUGCUUUAAUAAACUGCGACUAAAUAAAGCGUUUACAUAUA